AUGCUCAUUCUGGCAUCGCUUCUUUAUAGAUCAAAGCUAGAUCAGGGAUGUAUUGAUGCAUCUCCAACUCAAACAUACACUAAUGAUUGGUCAACUGAAAAGAAUAAAUGCGGAACAUAUACAAAAGUGAUAAUUUCAUCGGAAGUGACUUCAAUCAUAGAUCAUGCCUUUGAGAAAUGUGAUAAGGUACAAACAAUUGAGUUUAAUCAACGCUUACAAACAAUUGGAAACUCCGCUUUUGAAGGUUUAGAAAUAUUAAAGGAAUUGAUAUUUCCUGACUCAUUAAUAUCUAUUGGAAAUUAUGCAUUUAAAGGAUGCAGACUAUUAACAACUAUAAAAUUCUCAAAUUCAUUAAAAACUAUUGGUGAUAAUGCCUUCGAAGAUUGCUAUGUUAUCAAAUCAUUAACAAUUCCCAAGUCUCUAACAAAAAUAGGCCAACAUAUAUUUCAAAAUGUUCAAGAUAUCAAAACAGUAAUAUUUGAAGAUGGAUUAACAUUUUUGGGUGACUAUAUGUUUGAGUCUGGUACAGGUCUUACAUCAAUAACAAUGCCAGAUUCAAUUACAAAGAUUGGCCAAUAUUGUUUUCAAGAGUGCUAUAAUUUAGCAACAAUUAAAUUUUCAGAGAACCUUCAAGAAAUAAACGACUUCGCCUUUUACUAUUGUAAGAGUAUUAAAACAUUAGAAUUACCAAAGAGCCUUAAAAUGAUUGGGUACAACGCGUUUGAAAGAUGUUUAGGCUUAACUUCAAUAACUUUACCAGAAAGAUUAAUCACUCUCAAUAAUAAUGCAUUUGGCGGUAUCUUAAAGCUAACAGAAAUAACUGUUUGUUGCAAAAAACUUGAUUUAUUAGGAACAUUUCUCAAUUCAGGAAGAAUUUCGAAAAAUGUAAACAAGAUUGAGUUCAAAUCGAGCGAGUUUAAGUUCCUUCAAGACAUACAACUUAUUUCUAGCUUAUCUACUAUUAUUUUGAAUUCGAAUGAAAUUAUUAAUUUUCCAGAUAUGACAGGUUUGAAAAAUUUACAAUACCUUUAUAUUAACAACACAUCAUCUAGCUUGAUGAUAUAUCAGAACCGUCUUCCAAAAACAAAACUUCUCAGUAGUAUAUGA